AUGACGAAGCACAACAUUCAGCUCAACACACUCAAGGACUGUCUCCAGUUCCUGGAGUGGUUGAAUGGUGAUAAGAGUAUGCAACGAGAGGUGGCAAAAGAGCUGGGAAAACGUAUUAAGCAGAAUUACACUGCCGACUUUCUUAGAGAACAUACCAUUGAAUCCGCACUGUCUACAUUUCUCGGCCACGCGUCACAUUUCUACACGAGGCUAUGCAACAAUCCGCAGCCUUGGGCACAUGGAAGGGAAAGCGCAGAACAAAUAUGCAACGCCCUACUAGAGUGUACGCCCAAGUUCCUAGCCGUUAUGUACUUUUUGUGGUACAAUGUGGAUCCGGGUUUCGAGAAGCUUCAUGGCGGUGGUUGGAAACAGAACUGGACUGGGGCGUUAACGGGAAGUUGGUUGUACAGUACUAGUGGCGGUGAUCUCGACAAGUAUCUCUACGCGAAAUCCGGCGACUCAAAGCACGAUGUCAUCCCAGGUGGGUUCACGUCUGAAGAUAAGGUUAUAUAUAACGCAACUUUGUUGGACAGAGGCUAUCCCCAAGGUUAUAGCAUGGCUGGGGACCUACAAAAGAUCGUGGACAAAAAAAAUUAUAAUUAUUUCCGCAGCGUCUUUGUGAGCUCCGUUAUUGGAGAAUCGGCCAAGCGUCCAGAGAACGCCGCGAAUUCUCUUGUGUUGGCGAGAACCUUUUGCGACAUUGUUCUUGGGGAGGAUGACAAAGAUAACGGUGGUAAGUUAAUAGCCGCAUUGAAUGACGGCUUUAAAAGUCACGUGUACUCAUCCGGCAAUUCUAUUUGCUGGAAAGACUUAAGAGCACAUUGCGCUAAGCUUCGAAAAAAAUUUGACAUGUUGUUCGGCAAUAAACACUUCGACUUCACCGGGCUGUCGACGAAUACCGGAAACCUUAAUAAGACAGAGUUGGCGAAGGAAACGGCGAAUUGGUUGAGAACGAAUAUAACAAAAGUGCAAGGACAUUUCGUGAAAAUUGAGGAAUACAAGACCGGUCAGCAUCUUGGAGAAUACUUCACAAAAAAUCUCUUCCCAUACGGUUUUACGAUUUAUAAUGGGACUCGCUUUGACAUGAGGGAAAGUGAUCUGCAGACAUUGAAAAAAGAUUGGUGUGAUGUAAUUAAUGAGUUUAAGAAUACCAGCGGUGAUUUGGAUAAACUGGUAAGAAUUUUGGAUGGAAGGUUUAGAGAUUCGUGUCCCAUUCUCCCACCUAAAAAGCCUGAGGCCCCGCCUGUAACAUCUCCUAAAGUUGACACCGCAAGGCCCGUUGCCACUAAAACAGAGGCCACAAAGCCUGUGGCCACUAAGGCCGAGGCGACAAAUCCUACUGCCACUAAGGAUACUGAAGGAGCACAGAACCAGGGGAAGAAGAGUGAGGGAGCACAGAACCAGGGGGAGAAAUCUGAGGGAGCGCAGAACCAAGGCAAGAAAGUGGAGGGAGCACAGAACCAGGGGGAGAAAUCUGAGGGAGCGCAGAACCAAGGCAAGAAAGUGGAGGGAGCGCAGAACCAAGGCAAGAAAGUGGAGGGAGCACAGAACCAGGGGAAGAAGAGUGAGGGAGCACAGAACCAGGGGGAGAAAUCUGAGGGAGCGCAGAACCAAGGCAAGAAAGUGGAGGGAGCACAGAACCAGGGGAAGAAGAGUGAGGGAGCACAGAACCAGGGGAAGAAAGCGGAGGGAGCACAGAACCAAGGCAAGAAAGCGGAGGGAGCACAGAACCAAGGCAAGAAAUCGGAAGCGUCUCCAAAUCAGAAUAAUGUUCAAAGUGAAGGAAAGAAUUCAGGUCCAUCAGUUGUAACAUCUACUGCUGCAGCUCCGACUCCCGGUGAUGGAGCUCCAGGCCCGCAAGGGCCUAAAGGUAAUAAGGGUGAUGCAGGCCCGCCAGGGUCUACUGGUGCUCCAGGUUCGCCAGGGCCUAAAGGUGAUAGAGGGCAGCAAGGACCUAAUGGUCAAGGCCCGCAAGGGCCUAAAGGGACCACAGCUCAAGGAUCUCCUAAGUCGCAAGUUGUACAACCACAGCAACAUCUCAACCCCCCGCCUGCGACUCCCCUUCUAUCAACUCCCCCCAGUGCUUCUGCAGACCCUGGCCCCGCUGGUAAGGUGGGUCCCCCGGGUCAGGGUUCACCGUCCGUUGACACUCCAGGUCAACAGCCUGGUGUCUCCCAAGGCAAGGGGCCUGCUCAGCCUCCGGGUGUUUCAGCUUCAGAGUCUGGGACAACUGUUGCACAGGGGACUGGGCAAGAUGUUGUUCAAGAUGCUACUCAGCAAGUUACUCAAAAUGUAAGCAGCGUCGCCACUACGGCGGCUGGUGGAGGGACUCAAACGCAGACUCCGUCUAAUAAUGUUUAUAAGUGUAGUGAUGGUUAUACAUUUAUAGAAAAAGCUUUGAAUGAACAUGGUUACUGUCUUCCCGUUAAUAAGGUGACACGUCGUCCUACCUUUAAGCUCAAUAAUCCCGACCUCCAAAAUAAAAUUGACAAUAUAGUUCCGCAUAACGAUUUACUUGAGAAAAGUAAAAAUCAUCAAACUACACGAAACAGAAAUAUUCCUGGUCCUCAACCUCCCGUUCCUCCCCCUCAGCCGACCGGUGGCCGUACUGGUCAUCACAGUCCGCCCGUUGAUCCACGGGGGAGGGACGCCGGGGAUGGGGGUGUGGAUGUUACAUUUUUAGGUGGACGUGAAAUGCCGGAUCCGUAUUAUGAUCAAGUAAGAAAGCACAGGGACAAAGUUGAUAAAGCAUCCAUAGACAAACAGAAAGUGGAAGCAUGGAACUGGGAUACAAAAAAUGUAGAACGUCGGCUUGAAUCAGAGAAACUGAAUGCAGAGCGUCAGAAAAUAUUGGCUGACGCAGAAAAAGAAGCGAAGGAAAUAGAAUUCAUAAAAACGCUUCAACAAAAUAUUCCCGAAUUAACAGUAUUGCGCGAUACUCCCACCAACAUUCCACAAGUGUUGGCAUCUAUUGGUGUUCCCGUGGGCCACCCUAUAAAGCCGCCAAAAGUGCCGAGCCCUAAAGUAAAAUCCACGCCAUUCCAACCGCCUCUGGACGUCAUGGGCCAGAUCAUCGUAGAUCCUCGUGACAAGGAAGACAAAAAACUACUCGAGCAACUACGCCAGCAUGCAACUACGUUGGUCCAGUCGAAAACACAGACAGAAGUUUCACGUACAUCGGUUCCGGAGAAACAUCAUGAAAUGAUGCUGGAACGAGCAAAAAGUGAAUUCGAGAAUUAUCUCUAUGCGCAGCUGCCUGAUACAGGAAUGGUCUCCGGCAAUCCAACUACUAAUCAGCCAGGUUCUUUACCAACGAUGAACGAGCCUACCAAAUUGCCUUCCCUAUUCGGCAACGCAGUUCCGGAUGCUGCGCAAAAAAUGGACGAUGAGUAUAACAAAAAUGUACAAGAUGCGUAUCGAACAUUGUACGAAAACCAGAAAAGUGACGGUGAGGGAAAGCAAAAAAUUGAGAAUGACCUCAGAGAUCAUUUCGAACGUCUAAAUACGCUAGGUGGCGAAGUAUACAUAUCUCGUCCCGAGCCUCCUGGUGAUGCCAAACAAGAUCCAUUGGAUUUCCAAAUCCAACGAGUGCAUCAUGAAGACCGCAGUGUCAACGACUUUGACUUGGACAUUGAUCACGACCCUCCACCUCUUCCAGCCGCCGAGCCACUUGAGCCAAUUGGCCCAUCUAUUCCCGCCGUCGCACUCAAUUUGGAACCUUUAGAAUAUCGGCCGCCCCCGCCACCUCCUAAGGAUUUUAAUUCAGAUGCUCUCAAACUUGCAGACAUAAACUUUUGCACUCCUACCUGGAUCACUCAGACGCCUACGCAUGGCUCUACCGACAUCCCCGAGACGGAGUUGUUACCCUCCGAGGCGCCGCGUACAGUCAAAGACAUGCUAACAUGGCUGGCGGGACUGCAGCAUCAAAAGCAUCAAGAGACUCUGGAAAAGUGUAUUAACAACGCUUUCAAGCGCGGCGAUGAUGUGCCUUCAGAUCUCCGACUCCCAGUCAACGAUUCUAGCAUCGCCGCCAGAGAUGUCCUUCAGACCAUCCACCUUGCCGCCGUGUUCGCAGCUUCAGUGCUAUCUUCAGUUGCACCUAACUGGAAACGGCGGGCGUCUGCGGCAACUGUGGAGCGUAAGGAUCACGAUGAACCGAAGGACCCUGAUUGCUGCGCUCUCCUCUGCCAUCUGCGCGACUACGCCUACGCCUGCUACCACCAGUUGGCGUUCUUAAGGUCGCAGUGUUCUCGAGUUUCCCAGCAGGGUGGUUGGCAGGAUUAUGAGUACGGCCGUGAUGUAUCAUCUCCCAAGUCACCCCUCCAGGCCUUUCUGACUGACGCCUCUGCCUCCAUGUUCAAGACUCACCCCUUCGACCCGUGUGAUAUCUGCCUCAAGAGCCGUGUCAACAUGGGAUUCAAGGAGGAUCAUUUGCCUACACCUCACGAAACCGGCAAACAUAUUUCCACCAUCCUCUCUCCCAGCUGCGGCGGCGAGGAUCCCCUGCUGACAUUGGCCUCCUACCUCAGCUGCAUCACCAGGCGGACGCCGCGCACCACCGGGGAGCUUGUCUCCUUCUUCCACAAUUUCGGGAAUGCUCUUCACAAGUCUCCUUCACAGCUGUCUCCACUGGGCUCCGCCCUCUCCACUCCACACGAAAACUGCCCCGACUGGGACAUCCUUGGCGACGCCGACCUCAAUGCCGUCCAGGGCAUCCGGGGCUCCGCCCCUCCCACCGCCAACCACGACAAAGGCCAUUCCAGGACCCUGUCCACACUGCUUGGCUGCGGCAUCGAUAAUGCCAACUGCCCACAGCAUAUGAAGCCCAUCACCCACCGGGCCUACGCCCUCUACUCCAAGGCCUUCACCCACCACUACCUCGGCUGGACGGCCUACCUGGCAGACAGACUGUGGGAGUCACUGGAAAAGCUGCACUAUGAUCUCGAGAAGCUUCAAUGUCAUGACUCCAUGUCCAAGGCUCUCCACCAGUGUGACAAGGCCCUGCCCCUCCUCUACUCUCACGGGUUCACGCCGCCAGACGGGACACUGCAUUCCUCACUCACGUGUUCUGAGCUCAUCACCAAGCUGGAAGAAGUGGUCGCCGGAGAGCCUAUCGCAGGCCUCAUGACCGCCAUGGACACAUUCCUCUAUCGCAUCCGUGCGCCCUUCCUCUUCUGCCUCGUCACGCUCUGGCUCAUCGCCACGCUCUACAUCCUCCACUCACUACUCUACCGCAUGGACGUGCUGCGCAUCCGCUCCCACCUACUCACCACCAGGGCCUCCCACCUCAUCGACGUCAAGGCGCUGCUCGCCGGCAGCCGCAGGAUGCUCUCACUCUACAAGGACGUCGACUACUUCGACGAUGAGUUUCACUCGUAUUUUAACCCUCCCAAAUUCACAUUACCUAACGUUAAAGCCGCACUCUCCAAAUUCCUUGAGAACGCUUCUGGGUUUUAUACGAGGUUAUGCUACAAUCCGCAGCCUUGGGAAUACAGAGCGGAAAGCGCAGAUAAAAUAGCUUACGCCCUUCUAGAGUGCAUGCCAAAAUUCUUAUCCGUUAUGUACUUUUUGUGGUACAAUGUGGAUCCGGGUUUCGAGAAACUUGAUGGAGGGGGUUGGAAACAGAACUGGCCCGGGGCGUUAAAGGGUGCUAGUUGGUGGUGGAACCGUAAUAGCGGCGGUGACCUGCAGAAAUAUCUCAGAGCGCAAACAGGCGGUGAAUACGGUGGCCUUAUACCCGGUGGCUUCGGUAAAGAUGAGGUGAGAUGUAACCCAAAUGUGUUGCACCGUGGUUACCCUCAGGGUGCUCAAAUGGCUCCGGACCUUGCAAACAUUUUGAGAAAAUCACCAUACAAUUUCCUCCGCAGUGUGUUCGUCAGUUCCACUAUCGGAGAUGCAGCCAAACGGAAAGAGAGAACCGCGAACGCUCUCUCGUUGGUGAGAACCUUUUGCCACAUUGUUGGAGAUGAGGCAAAUGAUGACGGCGGACAGUUGAUAAAGAAAUUGAAUGAAGGUUUACAACAACAAUGGAGUUCAAGAGAUAGAUCCAUAUGUUGGAAGGACCUAAAAGACCAAUGCGCUAAGCUCGAAAAACAAUUUGGCAGAUUGUUUGCCGAAAAACGCUUUGACUUCACAGGACAGUCGACGGAUACCGGAAACUUAAAAAAGGCGGACUUUGCAAACAGAACAGCGGAUUGGUUGAGAACCUAUCUGAACACAGUGCGGGGAAAAUUGAAUCAAAUUAAAACAGAUAACAUUCUCAACGGCCAUCUUGGAAAAUAUUUUACCGAUAAUCUUUUCCCCUACGGAUUCACGUUAAAAGGCCGCUUCCACAUGUCGCACAAUGAAGUGAAGGCUUUGAUGCAGGAUUGGCGUGAGGUAAUCGAUGACCUUAAGAAAGCGGAUGACGGUUUGGAUAAGCUUAAACAAAUUUUGGAUGGCACUUAUAGGGUUUCGUGUCCCCCACCUCCACCGAAAAAGCCUGAGGUGCCGCCUGCCAAGAAAUCUGAAGGAGCACAGAACCAAGGCAAGAAGGUGGAGGGAGCACAGAACCAGGGCAAGAAAAGUGAGGGAGCACAGAACCAAGGCAAGAAAAGUGAGGGAGCGCAGAACCAGGGGAAGAAGACGGAGGGAACUCCAAAUCAGGGUGAGCCGCUUGGCCCUACAACGUCGAUGUCAACAAAUCAGAACAACGGUCAAGGUGAACAAAAGUUUCCACCUCCACCAGGUGUAACAUCUACUGCCUCAGAUACGUCUCCCGGUGAUCCAGGAGCUCCAGGUCCGGCAGGAUCUAAAGGUGAUCGAGACCAGCAAGGGCCUCCUGUUACAGUAACUCCGGGGUCUUCUCCGCCCCAAGAUACAUCAGUUAAACAAGUCGUUCAGACUCAACAACCUGGUCCAGUACAGCCAGUUCGUCCCCUUCCGCCUCCAACUGCUCCCCCCAGUGAUUCUGGACUCCCCGGCCCCGCUGGUCAGCCAGGUGUAGGUCCGGGUUCAACGUCCGUUGACACUCAAGGUCUACCGUCUGGUGUCUCUCAAGGCAAUGGACCUCCCCAGAUUCCGAGUGUUUCAGGUCAAGGCCCUGGGCCAACUGGUGAUCAGAGGACUGGGCCACAAGGUGGUGGAGAGGCUGGGAAAGGCGACGACCUAGGCGGUGGUCAACAAAGUAAUCGAGACUCCACUCAACCAACAAAUAAAGGUACCGACCAUAAUCCAAGCAACGUCGCUACUCCGUCGAGUGCCCCGGUGCCUGGAGUAGGUGGCGGUGGGAAAGCUGCACCUGCCAAAAAGUGUGUGACCUUUAAUCUUACAAAUCUUCUGAAACAUAGCAAUGAUGGUGACACGACUGAAUUUUGUGACUACGAUUAUAACCCUCCUGCCCCAAAGCACUAUAAAGUUAAUGACGCAACCAGCGAACAAAUCUGGGAGGAGUAUAAGCAGCGUGAAAUAUUGCCGCCGAUUAAAGAAAAAUUAGAAGCAAGGAGACGUGAAAAGGAAGAGGAGGAACGCCGAAAAGAAGACGAGCGUCAACUUAAAUAUCAGUCCAUGCUUCCAGAGAUUGGAGUACUAUACAAACCACGAGAGUCCUCGCAGAACCUGGAGGAGGCGUAUCGUACGGCUGUGCAGAAUAAAAUGAAAGAUGCAGCGCCGAAUGUGUCUCUCGAGAUCACUCGGCGUACAGGCGCUUAUGCAAACAAUCAUGACGAUGGAGUAACGGCCGAUGUAGAUGAACCGUUGGCGUUCGACAUUGCCAAACCGGAUCCCUUAGACCUUAGCAAGUACGUUGUUUUGGAUAUUGUCAAGCCAGACCUGUUGGAAGAGAAAAAACCCGUAGCCUCUGAUCUUUACAAGUCAGUGGCGUUAGGGGUUAAGGGGAGAAGUGAGGCAGAUGGGUUUGACAAUCCAGCGGUGGCUAUUCUAGACGGGCAAGAUGCGCUGGAGGACCAUGUACCUGUGUUGCAGAAUCCACAGGAGGCUGAGAAACAGGAAAUGCUCGCGCAGCAAGGUAAUGCCUUAACUGGAACAACCACCGAUAACUACCAAGGUAUAAGUGCGUUUAAACCUCGGCCAGGUGCCCAUCCCAUUGGGACGUUUAGUGGUAAUGCGUUAUAUAAACUAGAUACACCUAACGCAAUGCCACUUAACGUAGAGUUUACGGGCCAGGCAACUCCAAACGCCAAAGGCAUACCGAAUUCCACUCCACACGGGUUUUUCGCUGCCAUUGGCAUACCUGAGGGCCGACCGUUAAAACCAGCGAACUAUGUCCGGGCUUUGCCGCCCGUGUCGGACAUCACAGGCAAGAGUAUACCUGAUCGUGAUCUAAAUGCACGCCUUCUGCCUCUUUCACCAAUUGGUAAGCAACCUGUUCCCAUAAUGCAGCCUGGUAAAAGAGAACAAGAUGUGGACCGUUACCAGCCUGCCGUUAUUCGCAGAGACCUAAUUCGUCCCAAAUUCCCGACCAUUGUUGAGUAUAUUGAUGAUCACCCGGGGCUUAUGAUCGAUCCAGGCAUCUGCCCAGCGUCUUAUGGAAAUUCCGUCCUACCGGUUGGCCGAAUGGUACCGCCCACAGAUUAUUCCAGUCCAUCACCUAAGACGGUGCGUGAAAUGCUGUGCUGGCUGAGCGAUCUGCCUGGUACGCCGGGGUACGCCGCACUGACACAACACAUUGCGGGCUUCUUUGAAAGCUCUGAGAUCAUUGCAUGGCCUGCAUCGUUCUCAGACAACGAUGUUAUGGUUACUCUGUCUGACACGUGCGGCCACGCCAGCGCUGUCCUUACGGGAAUUCAUGGGUCCAAGCCUCCGGACCUAUCGCAAUUCCACUACCAACGCUACGGCAUCCCUCUCAUGUACUAUUCCGAUGACCCCUACAGGCUGCUGUGCCAGUUGCUCAACUACGUCUAUGCGGCGUGCCAUCAGUUAUUGUUUCUCCGCACUCAGUGCAGCCGGGACACGCACUCUGGUGGAUGGCGUGACUGCAAGUUUGGUAGAGACGUGAAGGUCUCUAAAUCAUGGCAGUGCUCCAAAUCUCCGGUGGAUCCUACGAAAUUGAAGGGUCACGGCUGCGACGCCUCCCCGCUGCAGGGCUUUCUCACUGACCAGUCCGAUCUCUCCACCUACCGGUAUCGGCGGGGCGACAUAUGCCGGCGGAGCCGUGUGAAAUUGGGCUUUCUUCCGGACAAUUUCCGUGAAGAGUCCAAACAUGGAUUCUACAUUUAUCAGAUUUUGAAAGGCCUGUGUUACAAUGCCGACCCACUGGAGAAGCUUUGCACAUACCUCAACUGCCUCACCAGGCGGACGCCGCGCACCACGGGGGAGCUUGUUUCCUUCUUCCACAAUAUCGGGAAUGAGCUUCAUGAUGUGUCUCUCAAGUUGUCUCCACUGGGCUCCGCCCUCUCCGAGCCACAUCGACACUGCCCCGACUGGGACAUCCUUGGCGACGCCGACCUAGAAGUCAUCAGGGACGCACGGGGCUCCGCCCCUGCCAGCUCCAACCCUGACCACGACAAGGGACAUCCCAACACACUGUCCACGCUGCUUGGCUGCGGCAUCGAUAAUGCCAACUGCCCUCCACGUCUCUCGCCCAUCACCUACCGGGCCUACGCCCUGUACUCUUCCAGCUUCGCCCACCACUACCUCAGCUGGACUGUCUAUCUGCCCGACAGACUGUGGGAGUCACUGACCAAGCUGCACUGUGAUCUCGAGGAACUUCAAUGUCACGCCGCCAAGCCCAAGCCCCUCCACCAGUGUGACAAGGCGCUGCCCCUCCUCUACACUCACGGCCUCACCCCGCCGGACGGGACACUGCAGCCUUCACUCACGUGUUCACAGUUCAUCGCCAAGUUGGAGGCAGUGGUCGCCGGACAGCCUAUCGCAAGCCUCAUGACCGCCAUGGACCUUUUCCUUUACGGCAUCCGGGAGCCCUUCCUCUUCACCAUCGUCGCACUCUGGCUCACCGCCACGCUCUACAUCCUCCACUCACUCCUCUACCGCAUCGACGUCCUACGCAUCCGCUCGCACCUCCUCACCACCAGGGCCUCCCACCUCAUCGACGUCAAGGCGCUGCUCGCCGGCAGCCGCAGGAUGCUCUCGCUCUACAAGGACGUCGAUUACUUCGACGACGACUUUCACUCAUGA